CUCAACUUUUGCUUCGUUCCUAGUUACAGCUGGCCUAGAGUGGGAUUUCCUGCCCACCUCAUUACUGUUGUUUGUUUCUUUUGCCUUUAUCUUAUUUAUCUCCCUCUGCUUGCACAAUUUAUCACCUGAACAUUUGAGAGCAGCAGCUAGUUGUACAUGGUGCACUGUGAACUCCUAUGAUAAUUAGCCUGCAGUAGUUUUAUUUGUGCAUCCUCACGCGUGAAGCAGUAAGAAAAUGGCCUGUGCUGAGUAUUCUUUUCAUAUGCCAAGUCUAGAGGAACUUGUUGGAGUUCUGCAGAAGGGGCUAAAGGAUAACUUUGCUGAUGUGCAGGUCUCUGUAGUUGAUUGCCCUGAUUUGACUAAGGAGCCAUUUACCUUUCCUGUAAAAGGAAUCUGUGGGAAAACUAGAAUUGCAGAAGUAGGAGGUGUGCCUUACUUAAUGCCUCUUGUAAAUAAAAAAAAAGUUUAUGAUCUAAAUAAGAUUGCAAAAGAAAUCAAGCUUCCUGGAGCUUUUAUUCUUGGAGCGGGGGCAGGUCCAUUUCAGACUCUUGGAUUCAAUUCUGAGUUUAUGCCAGUUAUUCAAACAGAAAGUGAACACAAACCUCCUGUGAAUGGAAGUUACUUUGCCUGCAUUAAUCCUGAAGAUGGAGGGUGCCUACUAGAGAAAUACAGUGAGAAAUACCAUGAUUAUGGGUGUGCAUUACUGGCUAACCUUUUUGCCAGUGAAGGCCAACCUGGAAAGGUCAUUGAGGUAAAAGCCAAAAGAAGAAAUGGAAAACUUAAUUUUGUGACUUGCAUGAGACAGACUCUUGAAAAACAUUAUGGAGAUAAGCCUGUAGGGAUGGGAGGUACUUUCGUAAUUCAGAAAGGAAAAGUGAAGACUCAUGUUAUGCCUAGAGAAUUUUCUCCCUGCCCAUUGAACUCUGAUGAAGACGUGAAUAACUGGUUGCAUUUUUAUGAGAUGAAGGCUCCUUUGAUUUGUCUGCCAGUUUUUGUCUCCAAAGACCCAGGGUUUGAUUUGCGAUUGGAGCACACUCACUGUUUUAGUCAUCAUGGAGAAGGUGGACACUACCAUCAUGACACUACCCCAGAUAUAGUGGAGUAUCUUGGCUACUUCUUACCUGCAGAGUUUCUCUAUCGCAUUGAUCAACCAAAAGAGACUCAUUCAUUUGGGCGGGAUUAAGUCAACUGCUCCUCAUUUAGAAAAAGAAAUGAUUAAGUUAAUUAAUUGAUUAACUCAGGAAUUGAUGUAAAUGUAAAAUCCAACAGAAAUUAUCUCACUACUUAAACUUCGUGUUUUUGGCCUUUGAAAUGAAAGAUACGUUGACAUUAUGCUGUGUUGUUUCAUAGGUCUAUCUGAAAAAGUUUAUUGGGAACAAAGAUACAUAAUGGAGAUGUUCUUCAUUCUUUUUUUUCUAAAAAUCAGUCUUAUAUUUAUACCUUAAAUAUAAACACGACCUGGAGUCAUGUGAUUGGUUAUUUUUACAUAACUUACAAUUGUAAGUUAUGUAAAUUACAAAUAGUAAUCACUUAUAUUUGUUUAAAUUAUUAAAAUUUUCAACCUAGUCUCAAAACUCCUAAUAGGAUAUUAGAAAAAUCAGUGUUGGAAAUUUUGAUAGUUAUUGAAUCUUUGCAUUGAAUUUUAAAAAUCCAUUUUAGAAGUCAGAGUGUUUAAUAAUUUAAACACUUUUCUCAUGGAAUACGGUGGUCAGAAGGAGGAGCUUCACCCCUUUUGGUGAAGUUCAACCAUACUCAGUUUGCAAUUUCCCUUUCACAAACAUUAGCAACUAGUUAGCCAUGAUUCCGCCUCUGUUUGGACUGCCAACUGGAAGCAGUUUGUGUCUUGUUGGUUACUUGCAAAAAGAGAAGCAAAAACAAACAGCAUCAAAAUACAAUUGAAGAGAGUAUAUAUUUUAACUUAUGUGAGGCUAUUGCUAAACAUGGCCACUGUGCUUCGAGAUAUAUAAAAUUAUACUCUUACUGAUUAUAAUGGUCAAAAUUUUCCUGAGUGUUCUUCAGUAAUCAUUAGCCAGAAAUUAACUAUCUCAUCUUACUAAUGCAAACAAUGUGCAUAUUUAGGAGCUCUUCAAUAUUAAGCACAUAGUGAAUCUUCAAAAAAUAUUUUUGAUUGUCUUCUCAGGAUGUUACUUGUAACAUGUCCUUUGAGUAUAAAUUACUAAAUACUAUUUUUAAAUAAGUACUAUUUUGUAGCAAAAAAUGAUUAAAGCCCAGCCAGCAUGGCUCAGUGGUUGAGCACCAACCUAUGAACCAGGAGAUCACCGUUCAAUUCCCGGUAGGGCACAUGCCCAGGUUGUGGGCUCGAUCCCCAGUGUGGGACAUGCAGGAGGCAGCCGAUCAAUGUUUCUCUCAUCAUUGAUGUUUCUAUCUCUCCCCCUCUCCCUUCCUCUCUGAAAUCAAUAAAAAUAUAUCUUUAAAGAGUGAUUAAAAAUUUAUAUUCAUAA